UCUGGCCCUCUCAUUAUAUAAGACUCUCUCUCCUCCUUUCAAAAGCAUUUCACAACUCCUCAAAACGCUGAAGUUAAGCUCUCCCUCUCCUCCAGAACCUUCUUCUUCGCUUGCUUCAUUUCUUCAUCGCAAUCAUGCCUCGUCGUUCUGGUGGAGGAAGAUCUGCUCCUCGUCCUGCUGCUCGGCCAGUUCGUAACCCUCCUCAGCCAGCUCGCCAGGCUCCUCCACCUGCCCCUGCUCCUGCUUCCAGCGGCGGAUCUAUGCUUGGGGGUCUCGGUGCCACUAUAGCUCAGGGUGUUGCCUUUGGAACUGGUAGUGCCGUUGCACACAGGGCUGUGGAUGCUGUUGUUGGUCCUCGCACAAUCCAACAUGAAACUGUUGUUAAUGAGGCAGCUGCUCCAGCUUCUGUUAACAACAGUGUUGGUGAUGCUUGUGGAAUCCAUAACAAGGCCUUCCAAGAUUGCCUGAACAAUUUUGGGAGUGAAAUCAGCAGAUGCCAGUUCUACCUUGAUAUGUUGAGCGAAUGCCGCAAGAACUCUGGUUCUAUUAAUGCUUGAAGUCUUCAGAUUGUUUUUUAUGACGAAAUUCUUGAGACUAUUGAAGCUCAAAACUUUUAGUGGUGGUUUAUAUAUUUAGUACUGGUGGGCUGAUGCCUAUUGUUAUGCCACUUUUUAAAUGCUUUGAUGUCUAUGGUAUUGGUGACUCCUAUUCAUAGUUUUAGCCUGGUGGAUGUUUCAGAUGCUACCAGGCUUUGUUAUUGAAUAAAGGUUUCUUUGAACUUUCUAUAUUGUUACGAGUACAUGGCUUUACAUUCACAAUGAGUUUACUGUUUUA